AUGUCCACAAAUAAACUCGGCGAAAGUCCCCCAGGCCCAAAUGUCGAGCCGGAAAUCGUGAAAGAAUUUGCCCGCAUGCGCGAAACCUCCAUCGACGAACUCGAAGACAUGUAUAGAAGACUAUCAGAGGUAAACGAACAAUCGCGAACAAUAGUAUUCCAAUCAAUCAUCGACCGACUUCCCAAGCUAGCCGACGAAAUAGACGAGUACCUCGACUCAAUCCGAUUCAACCGGUCAGUCGGAACAUCCGGCCCCUACUGCCUAAUCACCAGAUAUAACCGACUCUGCAGCAGCGUAGAACGAGCAGGAAAGCUUCUCCAAUUCAUCCCCCGACCUGCACACGAAGAUAUGCCCGAUGAUUAUGACGAGGACAAAUGGACGCAGAACCGUACGCCUGAACAGCUGUCUCUGGUGACAGAGGAGCUGAAUAGAAACCCAUAUAUUUUCAAACAGCUGCAGAGAUCGGUUGAUGUGCUAGCUGUUCAGAUUGGUCGGCUUACACUUUCUAAUAAUGAUGAGAUGUAUGAUGAGUAUGCGUUUUUCAAGGACUCCAAGGCUAUGAAGGAGGAUAAGUCGAGGAGGAAGUAUGGGCUUAAUCUUAGUGCUGAUGGUGCGAAUAUGUGUUUUGAGGUUAAUGAGCUUUGGGCGAGGCUUAAUCGGGCUGUUUCAGAUUGUCCUUGCAGGCAGUGCUAUGCGAGGAGGGAGCCUCGCUCGCCGAUUCGGUGA